AUGGCGAAGAUACUUCCUCUUGUGACGGCGUUGUUCACACUUCUUCUGGCCCCGGUGCUGGUCCAGGGCCAGGUUCAGGGAAACGUCAAGAAUCUGGGCUAUGCGAACUACCGCGGCGUUGUGCAGGACAAUGGCAUCUCGUACUGGCUGGGGAUGCGAUAUGCUGCUGCUCCCCUGGGAAACCUUCGUUUUGCAGAGCCUCAGGAUCCUCCUGUGCAGGAAGGGAUCGUGAAUGCGACUGAAUUCGGCCCCCUUUGCAUCGCUACUGGCGUGUAUCCCAUCUCAUCGACGCAUGGCGAGGACUGUUUAAUGGUCGAUGUGUUUGCGCCUACGAAUGGCUCCAAUCUGCCUGUCUACUUCUUCAUCCAGGGAGGCGCCUUCAAUGCCAAUUCGAAUCCGAACUAUAAUGGCAGCGGGUUAGUUGAAGCAUCUGGGAACAAUAUUGUUGUCGUCAGCAUCAAUUAUCGCGUUGGACCGUAUGGGUUUCUUGCUGCGCCUGAGGUCGUUGAGAAUGGUGCCGGUCUCAAUAAUGGGUUGAAGGAUAUUAUUCAGGGUUUGCGAUGGGUGAACCAGCAUAUUUCUGCGUUCGGCGGCGAUCCCAAUCAUGUCACGAUCGGAGGAGACAGUGCUGGAGCAUAUGUUGUCAGUCUGCUCCUCACUGCGUAUGGUGCUGAUGGCACACUGGACAAUCUUUUCCACGCUGCAGCGGCCGAGUCCUCCUCCUUUGGAAAUGAGAGGAACAUCUUCGACAAUGCUUACGCAUAUGAUGAGCUUGUCAACAAGACCGGCUGUGCAACAGAAUUCGACCCCAUCGACUGUCUGCGGAGACUGGAUGUCAACACUCUACAGAAGGCCAACAAAGGCUAUCAUGACCCUGACACGCCCAUAAACCCAGGAAACUCCUACCUGCCCACCAUCGACGGCGACCUGGUACCAGACUACACGCAGAACCUGAUCCAACAGGGCAAAUUCAUGAAGAUCCCCGUCAUCUUUGGUGACGACACGAAUGAAGGCACCAUGUUCGUGCACAAAUCAACAAACACAGUCCAAGAUGCAGAUAACUUCCUCAGAUCCAACAUCCAAUCCAUCAAUGACUCUCAAAUCGCCCAAAUCAACUCUAUCUACAUGGCCCACCCCGAUGACCCCGUCUACCCAGACGCAGGCCAGUACUGGCAAGGCGCGUCAAACGCAUUUGGCGAGAUCAAGUACAUCUGCGCGGGCAUUACAUACUCAUCAGCGUAUAAUUCUGAUCCUACAACAGCCCAGUCGAACUGGAACUACCACUACGCCGUUAUAGAUCCACCGGCUAACCAGAGCGGCAUGGGAACUAUCCAUACAAUUGAGAUCAACGCGAUCUGGGGACCGGGAUAUCUUAGUACGACCUCACCAGCCUCGUAUAGCACCGUCAAUGCGCCCAUUGUGCCACUCAUGCAGGGAUACUGGACCAGCUUCAUUCGGGACUUUAACCCAAAUACAUACCGUGCUCCGGGGUCGCCGCAGUGGGAUCCUUGGGGGUCUAAUUAUAGUCGGCUUUUUAUUAGGACUAAUGAUACUCAUAUGGAGACUGUCCCCGAGGAUCAGUCGGAGAGGUGCUCUCAGGUGUUGCCAGUUUGGUAUAAUCCACAGCCAUAG